AAGUGGUUGUUGAAAUGUGCAUCCAGCUGUGCCUUUCUUAGCAUUCCAAGUGUCAAGUGAACCUAUAUAUCACAUGCAGAAACGUAUCUAAAAUAUUGUGUAUGCUUGCACAAUAACAAAAUGCGCCAAGCUUCAUCAGCUCUCGGAUCAUUCAAUCUAUCUAGCCUUGAUAAGUGUGCAGCGUAACUGCAUAUUAUUUAAUGAGAAUCAAUUAUCGUUUAAAUAUCGUUGUUUAACCCUAUAAGGUUCAAAAUCAUCAACAUAGUUGAACACGUGUAUUUACACUCUGCAUUCCGAUCUUAAAUUAGACUGUUUUUCUUGUCUUUAUAACGAUGCCGACCCGUGUAGAACUGUUCUGCUUUUGUGUCUUCGUAUGUUCUGUGUCAGCAGACUAUUGGAGCGAAAGGGAUGCAAUCAUCGCAAAGGAACAGACGCGAAGCGUUGGCGGACACCUACGGUUGACUGACAGAGAGGAAAAGGUGAACAAGAUACUGAUGCGAUAUAAAUAUAAGGAGUUAGACGAUGGACUGGUUCACCCAAAGAACUUUCUGGCUGGGCAGCACUUUUUCAAUGCCAAGAAGGAAAUUGAGAGAUCCAAGGUGUUCAAUCUAAUAAAGAAGCUUCCUAAAGGAGCAUCUCUGCAUUCACACGAUAUGGGCCUAGUAUCCUUCGAGUGCCUCUAUAAUCUGACCUAUAAGGAUAAUUUGUACGUCUGUACGAACGAUGGCCCGUAUAGACUCCAGUUCUUCGGGGACAAAGUAGACAAGGAUUGUGACUGGCAACUGGUGAGCACCCUCCGACAAUCAAAUUCCAGUUUCGAUUGCGAAUUGAAGAAGAGGUUGACGUUGGUUGUCGAUGAUCCGCACGUGGCGUAUUCAACUUUGAACAAAGUGUGGAAGGCGUUCGAGGACAUCUUCGUAGCAGUCACCGGGUUGCUAGGAUACGAGCCAAUAUGGAGGGAAUACUUCUACGAAGCAAUGAAAGAACUUUACGAGGAUAACGUGAAGUAUUUAGAAUUUCGAGGAAUUCUUCCUCAAGUAUAUGAUACCAAUGGAAAAAUAUACGACCCGUUUGAAGUUGUGGGAUUAUACUACGAUACAUUGAAGAAGUUUAUGGAAGACUAUCCUGAUUUUCAAGGUGCAAAGUUUAUUUAUACUCCUUACAGAAAACUGGAUAACAAAACGAUACAAGAUCAUAUUGUGAUUUAUGAGAAGCUGAAGACACGUUAUCCAGAUUUUAUUGCUGGGUUCGAUUUGGUUGGCCAGGAGGACGCAGGUUUUCCACUGACAAGUUUCAUCAACGAACUAAUUCCGAUGCAACAAAACGGAACGCCUUUCUUCUUCCACGCCGGAGAAACUAACUGGCAAGGUGCGACUACGGAUCUGAAUCUGCUCGAUGCGGUUCUGUUAGAUACGAAAAGAAUAGGCCAUGCGUUCGCACUGGUCAAACAUCCCGAAAUAAUGAAAAUGGCCAAGCAUAAGGAUAUUGCUGUGGAGAUCUGUCCUAUUUCUAAUCAAGUUUUGAAAUUGGUGGACGAUAUCAGGAAUCAUCCUGGUGCUGUAUUGGUAGCCAACGACUACCCUGUGGUGAUAGCACCUGACGAUCCUACAUUCUGGGGAGCUAAAGGUUUGAGUUAUGACUGGUAUAUCGCGUUUAUGGGAAUGGCUAGCAGAGAUGACGAUUUGAGGCUUUUGAAGCAGCUGGCCGAAAACUCCAUCAAAUACAGCGCGACGACUACCAGUGAGAAGAACGAUAUGUUUCAACAUUGGCAGGAGGAUUGGAACAGAUUUUUGGAUGAAGUGCUGAAAGAAGAAAACAUUAUAAAUUGUAAAUGUAACAGUAUACGUUGUCAGCCAAAUUAAAUAUCACAUGUGGAGUAUC